GGGGCGGGGCGAGCGGUGUCGAAUGCGCGCGCGCGGUGGGGCAGGGGGCAGAUGCCCGCGGUGCUGAGGGCGCGGAGUGGGGUCGUGUGGUACCGCCAUGUUGUUUUCUCGCUGUCCGUCCUCCAGCCGAGCACGUCAGUGCUUUCGUGCUCUGAAGCUCAUAAAGAGGGACUGCCUUCCCUCGCUGCAUACAGCAGGAUGGGCAUCCACUGCUGCUGUGCCUCGCAUAACCACGCAUUAUACCAUCCAUCCUCGGGACAAAGACAAACGAUGGGAAGGGGUAAACAUGGAAAGAUUUGCGGAGGAAGCUGAUGUUGUCAUUGUUGGAGGAGGCCCUGCAGGUCUUUCUGCUGCUAUUCGUCUCAAACAGUUAGCUGCUGAGCAGGGCAAAGAAAUACGUGUCUGCCUGGUGGAAAAGGCAUCUCAGAUUGGUGCACAUACCCUGUCUGGUGCUUGCCUUGAGCCACGAUCCUUAGAAGAACUCUUUCCAGACUGGAAGGAGCGGGGGGCUCCACUUCAUACUCCUGUAACUGAAGACAAGUUUGGAAUUUUAACAAAGAAAUCUAGAAUUCCAGUACCAAUUCUGCCAGGACUUCCAAUGGUUAAUCAUGGGAAUUACAUAGUACGUCUGGGACACUUUGUGAGAUGGCUGGGUGAACAAGCAGAAGCUCUGGGUGUGGAGCUGUAUCCAGGCUAUGCAGCUGCUGAGGUUCUUUUUCAUGAAGAUGGGAGUGUGAAAGGAAUAGCAACUAAUGACGUAGGCAUUCAAAAGGAUGGAGCACCUAAAGCUACUUUUGAACGAGGCUUGGAACUCCAUGCUAAGGUCACUGUCUUUGCUGAAGGCUGUCAUGGGCAUCUAGCCAAACAACUGUACACAAAAUACAACCUAAGGGAGAAAUGCCAACCCCAGACCUAUGGCAUUGGGUUGAAAGAGUUAUGGACUAUUGAUGAAAAGAAAUGGAAACCAGGAAGAGUGGAGCAUACUGUAGGCUGGCCUUUAGACAGACAUACCUAUGGAGGAUCCUUUCUUUAUCACUUAAAUGAGGGUGAACCUUUAGUUGCCCUUGGAUUUGUGGUUGGCUUAGAUUAUCAAAAUCCCUAUUUGAAUCCGUUUAGGGAGUUUCAGAGGUGGAAGCACCAUCCUACUGUAGAACCUACUUUGGAGGGUGGAAAAAGGAUUGCGUAUGGUGCCAGAGCGCUGAAUGAAGGUGGUCUCCAGUCAAUACCCAAGCUCACCUUCCCAGGUGGAUUGUUAAUUGGUUGCAGUCCUGGACUCAUGAAUGUGCCUAAGAUUAAAGGGACACAUACUGCGAUGAAAAGUGGCAUGUUGGCUUCAGAAGCCAUCUUUAGCCAAUUAACCAAUGAAAAUCUCCAGUCAAAGACCAUAGGACUUGAUGUGCAAGAAUACGAGGAGAACCUGAAAAAGUCGUGGGUCUGGAAAGAGCUGUACUCAGUUAGAAACAUCCGGCCGUCCUGCCAUAGCGUGCUUGGUGUGUAUGGAGGCAUGAUUUACACAGGCAUAUUCUAUUGGCUUCUCAGAGGAAAGGAACCGUGGACAUUAAAACAUCCAGGAUCAGAUUUCGCCCAGCUCAAGCCAGCCAAAGACUGCACACCUAUUGAAUACCCCAAGCCUGAUGGAAAAAUCAGUUUUGAUCUCCUGUCAUCUGUGGCUUUAAGUGGUACAAAUCACGAACAUGACCAGCCUGCUCAUUUGACUCUGAAAGAUGACAGCAUCCCUGUGAGCAAGAAUCUGGCUGUAUUUGAUGGACCAGAACAAAGAUUUUGCCCAGCAGGUGUUUAUGAAUACAUCCCUCUGGAAACAGGAGAAGGAUCAAGACUGCAGAUAAAUGCUCAGAACUGUGUCCACUGCAAAACAUGUGAUAUCAAAGACCCAAGUCAGAACAUUAACUGGGUAGUGCCCGAAGGUGGUGGAGGACCAGCUUAUAAUGGGAUGUAAACAGGCAGAAGACUUCUGUGACUUCUGAUCAACCAGCAGCUAGGUUGGAGUAUUUUAUGCUGAAGUGUGAAGUACAGCACUGAUUUGAAUGUUUCCGUUUGAGACUAACGUGCCAUUCUCAAUUUUAGGUAUGACCAUUGUAUAAAACAGAAAGUCAGUGUGCUCUAGUUAUUUAAACAGAACAACUUAUUUAAAUAGAACAACUUUUCAGGAGUCUUAUGGCAGGCAGAAGAAAGUUAUUCUCCAGACUAACAUAUGAAUUUUGCAUCUUGGAUAUGCUGCUGAAAUUCGGUGUUGGUAGGAGCCAUAGCCAAAAUCAUUGCUGUGGGCUGGUGGAAGAGUUUAGUGACUAUAUGUACAAAAAAAAAAAAGCCUUUCUCUGUCUACCUGAA